UCUACCUACAUCAAGCGGGAACGCGGAGCCAGAAUUUCGCAAUCGCUGCCAGUCCAGUCCAGUCUAGUCUAUGCUCGUUCUGAGGAGACAGAGCCCAGGUACAGAUAGAAAAAACAAUCAAACAGACACUGAAGCUGAAAGUGGAUUGCUGCUGUAGGCUACUUUAUGCAUACAUGACACAGCGGAUAUUAAAGCACUAACCACCAUCGUCUCAUCGCCUCAUCUCACACAGCUACAGACGCACAAAGGAUCGCAAUAUCUAUCAGGGUGUUCCUUCUUAUCAUCUUCCUAUAUGAACCACCAUGUGACCUCGAUCGUCCUGUGACAUCACACCGACACUGAGACGGCCAGGUGGGUGGAAGGACACCGAGCAGAGGCUACGUGAUCAAACAGCACAGCUUUGCUCUGAGGAGGAUUCAAGUGCCUUAUAGAGGUUCUGGAUACCAUUUGGCUUUCUGCUACUACAGUCAAAUAAUAAGAGACAUUCUUCUUUGUCAUCCUGGUUAACAGUUGAGCACGUUCUCUCCCUUCUCCUGAAACUAUAAAGCACCUAGCCUUGUGAAACCAGCCUAUUCUCGUGAUUGCUAACAUUCUGAUAAGUGAAGUGAAAGGAAACGUGAAAGCUACUAUAAAGGACCAAUAAUAACAAUCCAUAACAAAAUGGAGACUCGGUCUCUCUCGCAGGACUCCAUCUUGGAGUGUCAGAUCUGUUUUAACUACUACAGCCCGCGACGGAGGCCCAAGCUGCUGGACUGCAGACACACGUGCUGCUCCGUGUGCCUGACCCAGAUGAGGUCCAGCCAGAAAGAGAUCCGCUGCCCCUGGUGCCGUGGCGUCACCAAACUUCCCGCCGGCCUCUCCGUCUCCCAUCUCCCCGAUGACCCCGACAUCAUCACCGUCAUCGCAAUCCCGCACGCCUCCGAGCACACGCCCGUCUUCAUCCGCCUGCCUAGCAAUGGCUGCUACAUGCUGCCCCUGCCCAUCGCUAAGGAAAGGGCACUGUUGCCCGGCGAACUGGGCUGCCGGUUCCUGCCAGGUGGCAGCGGGCAGCAGAAGGUAGAUGUGGCAGUGGUGGCCAUGCCUGAGCUGCAACCCCUGGGGAUGAGUCUCGACAGCCUGGAGGAGGCAGAGAGGAGGGGAGCCGGGGGAGGUGGUGGUGGAGGGAAGGGCUCCACGUGGUCCGGGGUGUGUACAGUGAUCCUGGUAGCCUGCGUCCUGCUCUUUCUCCUGGGAAUCGUGCUCCACAACAUGUCCUGCAUCUCCAAACGCUUUACUGUCAUCUCCUGUGGCUGAGGGGAGGGGCCAGACAUCACAUCAAUCACCAUGUUCCCUCCCACUCCCUCCUGCUGUAGCUCUACCCCCCUCCUCAGCCUGGAUUAUGACGAGAAUAAAGGAUUUUACACCUAUCAUGGAUGGCCAAAAAAAUGACAGACAGAGACAAAGAGAGAGAGGGGGGAACUACAAAUAAACUGGGGACUGAAACUCAUUUGCUCCUAUUAUUGAUUUGGAGAUAUUCUGGAGACACAAAAAAACACACCUUUCAGUCAACUUGAUGCACCCCUCUACACCUCAACCCCCAUGACAAUAUCCCCCUCCCCCCAGUCCCCUGUUCUCUCAGAAGGAGGGCCUCAGCCUCAUGGAAACCUUGUGGAAAUUUGAGGUACCCUGUGGACCUAUGGACCCGGGGACCUAAUUUGGGGGCCCCUGUGCCCCCGGGACCUGGUGGUGAUACACCAUGGUUGUCCUGGUCCAUUUCCUUCUGUGGUCAGUAGUCAGUCAGUAAUCAUGUUGUUUAGCUAAGUGUCAGUUCUGAGCACAUACAGUAUCUCCAGCUGGAGCUGCAAUAUACAGUGUUUGGACUUAUUGGUAGAUCUGGGAUCAAAUACUAAUAUACUAAUCUUUUCAAAUACUUUGAGUGUUUGCUUAAGUCUGCCUGGAGUGCCAGAUGGGUGAGGUAUGACGUUUUUGGACUUUUCUAUUGGUUUAUUAAACCAGGCAAGUUUAAACAGAUAAGGUAUUUCAAUUGAUUUUCCAAGUAUUUGAAACCCAGGUCUGCUUUCUUUAUUUCUGUCCUCAGUGCUGAGGCGUAACAGACAGUGUAUACAGUAACUAUGUAUAAUCCACUACACCACCUCUAGCCAAGGGUUGUUCCAAGAGGGACUGAACAAUCAAUACUGGUGGUGGUGGUUCGCUGUGUUCUGUGUCCCAAAUUACACUCUAUUUAUUAUAUAGUGCACUAUGCAGGGGAUAGGGUGCCAUUUGGGGCGAUUGCUUUGUUUAAAAUAUUAUCCUAAUCUCUCUAACGCUCUAAAAACAGAGUGCUUACUUACUGUUGCUCCAAUAUAUAAUGCAGUACUAUAUGUAUGUGUUGGUAUUUUGAUCAAUAAUGUUUUAAAAACAAAAACAGGGAAAUAUGUGAUCUCUGUGUUGAGUUAUGAACAUAUAAACCAGCCUAUAUUUGAUAGAAAGCACAUACUACAUGUCUUCAGUAGCCAGCCAGCCUAAAGUAGUAAUGAUUGAGUUACUGUAGUGUUGCAAUGAUUUGUCUAACCCCAAUGCCCUUUACUGAGAACAGAUGGUCAUUGCUUUUAAUAUUGAACUCUCUGGACAGUAUUUACAUGAAGGGAGAUCAGUGUGAGAGAUAGAGCAUGUGGGUGAGCAUAUGACUUUGACCUGCUUAUCACGGACGCCCACCCACAUUCUCUAUCUCUCAUACUGAUCUCCCUUCAUGUUAAUACUGUCUUUGAUCUUCAUAUGGGGCUGUGGGGUCACAGUAAGGUGGUGUGAGGGUGCUGGGAGGGGCUAGGAGUGGGCGGGCGGAGGGUCAAAGUCUUAAUGCUAAUCACAUUGAUAUAUGAAGAGUUAUACAUAUUUUCUUCUUCUUCUCCAUGUAUGUGUCCCAAAUGACACAUUUUUACCUAUUUAGUGCACUGCUUUUGACCAGUGCCCAUAGUGCCCUGGUCAAACGUAGUGCACUAUAUAGAGAAUAGGGUGCAUUGUGGGACACAGCCCAUGUCUUUGUUGUUGUUGACAAAAUUAUUAUGAUCCGGUAUCUACUGUAUUAAAGCAAUUUAGUGUAAUCACAAACAAACAAACAGGGUGAACUAUUUUGUAGCAGCCAUGUACAUACAUGUACAGACAUGAUUGUAUUUCUCCUUGUUGUCCUUCUUUCUAUUUGUGUUUACAUGUUUACUUCUGUCUGUCUGUAAUAGUAGCCUGGUCUAGAAUCAGUUCUUAUUACAGCAAGUUAGAACCCUUGGUGGACAGUGUUUAGUGGAGAUGCGUUUAGACUGAUCUAGGAUCAGUGCUCAAGACAGCGGGUUAGUUAGGCACUUUGUUAGGGUUACAGAAUUCGGUACAUUUUUUACAACAUCCUGGUUGGAACCAAUCACAGCCAGAGAGGAGGAGGUUGUAGAAAUGAGAGACUCCAGUUGUUGUGGGGAUUGGCUGUUCAGCUCUUACCUACAGAUAAUUGCACUUGGUCUGGCGGCUAUCAAACUGGUGCCGGAACCACCAACGGCCAUGAUGGAACCUCUGCCUGAACACUAUAUAUGCAUCCCAAUAGUGCACGAUAUGGGCACAGGCUCUCUCUAUCUCCACCGCCCUCGAAAACAUCAAACAGACCUCCUGGGCUGCCACUGUGAUUGGCACUAAUGUAACUCAAUAUUGGACUCCUUAAAAAGGCAGUCAGUGAGUGAGAAAUCUCAGUUUGAUUGCCGAAAAUAUCUGUAGGUAAGAGGUGAACAGCCAAUCCCCAGAACAACUGGAGUCUGUCAUUUCUACAACCUCCUCCUAUAGAUCAUUCCCCGGUUUUAAACUGGGGAAUUAUCUAAUGGUAUGUACAGUUGAAGUCGGAAGUUUACAUACACUUAGGUUGGAGUCAUUAAAACUAGUUUUUCAAC